UUUUUUUUUUUCCUUUUUUUUAUCAACUAUUUUAAAUGACAACGUUUAAUCAUCAUUCAGCAAAUAAAAGGAGAUCCCCAACCAAUUCAACAGAAUCAAAAGCAUCUCAGUGGCAACAUUGGGCUGAAGAACAGACAGACAGUGCUUAUGAAAAAGAAUCUAAUCAGCGAUCUCUACACAUCAGACACGCACAUAAACCAGCAAAGGAAAUAUUAGAUAAAAUAUUACCUUCACUACCCUUAUGUUUUUGUAACAAGCCUGCUUAUCGUAGCUUCACUCUAGAGUAUGGUCCAAUCCUAGAAUGUGGCAAUUAUCAACUGGCAGCUGAUAACAACCAUAUAAAGAUUAAAUAUGUCUGCGGAUUUCACGUUCAUGAACUCUCUUGGAAUAAAUUACGAAAGAAGCUUAGUGAAGGUGGACUAAUCACUGCUGAUCACCCAGAACUGACGACCUGUCCACUUUACAAUUUCACCUUUUGCGUUACAUUCUAUUUAACUAACCAAUAUCCCAAAUGCCCACCUUCCUUACCUGUCUGCUUUUGUAACCGCACGGUCGUGUUACGAGAAUCACCUACGAAACCACCAUCAGAUCAAUCUAGACUCUUUGAAUUUACCUGUGCCAACUGUGAUAUCGAAGGCGUCAAGCCCAAGUGUAGCUGGAUUCUUCGAGCAAAAGAAGUUGCAUUCCCUCGUCCCAAGCACAAGAUACACCGUAUUGUCGACACAGAGGAGUAUACAGAUACCAAACCAUCACCAUUAGCAGCGAAUAAUAGUAACAACAAUAAUAAUCCAAAGCAUAUCUCAAAGGAUCAUCAGCAGGGCCUGUUGUGCACUUUGACUCUCAGUUCUCAACCAAAUUACAUGAAUAGUUUCCAGGCGCUAAAGAUCGCUGAUACAUCUGUCAAUCCUGAGCCUAGUUCGUCAAAUUCGACUUCAGGAAGUGCUUCUCCUCGAUACUCAAGUCUUGUUCCGACCUCUGUCAUAGUUAAAAGGUCUGCGAGCCCAAAGUCAGUGGCAUCUGGCUCACACGGAAAUACCUGUCCCCUCGAGAAGAAAGUUCAGGAGCAAGAAUUACAUAUUUCCCAAAUGAAAACGCAGUUAUCUCAAAUGAAUGCAAAAAUGGAAAGUGUUGAGUCCAUGGUGAAGCUAUUCAAACGUGCUCUUGAGGAUAUGCAAUUGGAUGUACAUCGUCAUAGACGCAUGUUUCAAGAAGAGCAAGGAUUGAGAAGACAUACACAGAGCAGAUUGUCUAGUAUUGAACUUGAUGUUGUACAGAUGCUUGCAGAGAAAGAACAGUUAUUAGCAGAUAUACACGACCUGACCAGAGGUGAAGAGCAUAGUGGCGAAGCAGAAAAGUGCCGUGUAUGUUUCAAUCGACCCGUAGAAUAUGUUCUUUUGCCUUGUUUCCAUUUUGGUAAAGAAAUACAACAUACCAUUCUUUUUCAUAAAACUGACACUAUUUAUAGCUUACUGUGAAAUGUGUUCAUC